UGUAGUCAUGGCAAGGUAAAGACAUGCAGGAAGAGAGAAGACAUGCUCUGUCCUUUAAUUGUCAUUUUCUUUGUUCAGAGUAUCGAGUGGACGCGGUCACAGAAGACGUUAAGUCUUCAGACUGGAGCGUCUGUCACAGUCCCAUGUCAUUAUGAUCUGAAAUAUAUUCAGCACAAGAAAUACUGGUGCUAUGAUGCUUCAUCAGCGUACAAUUACUGCAGGAUUCUGGCAUAUGCCAAUACCACACAGGAGAAGGUGACAGUGAGUGAUAACCCAGCUCAGAGUCUCUUUACUGUCUCCAUGAGGGACCUACAGAAGGAGAACUCCGGAGCGUACUGGUGUGCUGUGGAGAUUGGAGGACGCUAUGAGCCAGAUGUUAUAGAACAACUUUAUUUGCGAGUUGACUCAGACCCCGCGGUGUCUGUGCUGGAGAGCAGAGUGAGUGGAGCGGAGGGGAGCAGUGUCAGUGUCCAGUGUCUCUACAGCGCUGCAUAUAAGAAAGAGGUGAAGAAGUGGUGCAGAUCUAUAGACUGGACCUGCUACACAGUGGGGAGGACCAACACAUCCCAGAAUUCAGCAGUGCAGAUCAGUGAUGGUGGGGAAGGAUCCUUCAUGGUGUUGAUGACUGGACUGAAGCAGACUGAUGCUGGCUGGUACUGGUGCUCUGCUGGAUAUCUACAGGUUCCUGUUCAUCUCAUCAUCUCUGGAUCUGCUACACGGCGCUGGAUCACAGCAGUGACCCUCGCUGUGUUGGUAGGUCUGACGCUUCUGGCUGGUGUGGCAGUCUGGACCUGCAGAAAGAGACACAAAGCCACAGAGCGCAAUCAGUCUAAGAGCAAAGAGAGAACUGCUGACCGGGAACACUGCGAUGCUGAAAUGGAUUUGGCGUACAGCUCAGUUAUUUUCAGUGGCAGUAAGAAACAAUUAGGGCGGAGUGACCCAGAAAAACAGCAGAAGUCUGAAGAUCCAGUGACAUACAGCACCUUGACAGAUGUAAAACAAAAUUUGGAAUGAUGACCUUCAGGGUUAUUAUAGUUCACACUAAUGACAGUGUUGGAAAACAAAUAUAUGAGCUGAAAAAAUGCAAAUAUUCAUACUUAGUUAUAGUUACUUAAGCUUUCUCCACAUCAGACUUCCUGAACACCAUCAGCUCACAGCAACGGUGAGGAGUCAGAUAACAGGACACUCAUGGAGGACUCAUGGUGUUUUGGUCCAAGAAAUAAGACACAUUUCCUAACAUCAGAUAGAUGAAGAAAAGAAACCAAAGCUGGACAAACCGGGGUGCACUGGUGGAACAGAUUGGACACGAAGACAUUGCAGCAUGUUAAAUGUUAAGAAAGUGUGUCUCCUGUGUCAGUAUGAGGAAAAAACCCAAAACAAACUCUGUACUCAGUAGUUAUUCUCAGACUCCAAAGACUGAGAAACUGGGUUCAGUGGGGCUACACUUUUACAUAUGACAUACAUACAUUACAUACAUAUUACAUUAUUACAUUACAUUCUUUUCAGACAGUUACAGACAGUUGUAAGCUGGGGUCCAACGCUCCUAACAAACACUGAGGGCAGUGACCGGUGUGAGCUGGAUGUUUGGACUGGUCAUUUAUAGCAGGGGACAUUGGGACUCCUGGGAUUGGAGAGCUCAAUGUUUUAAUAAAAACUAUUAAAAACAUCA